AUGUUACGAAUAUCAUUCUUUUUGAGCUAUUUUGUGGCAAUAGGAUUUUUGCAAAAAUGUUUAGGUGAUAAAACAGGAGUAACAUUUACUUUUAAGGAGUACCAAUACAAAGAUUCACCUAAAAAUGAAAUGACUUUUCGAGAGUAUGAAACAGCGUGUGAGCAAAGCAGCGCUUGUAGCCAAAUCAACGGCUUGCCUCGUACACGAUGCGUGCGAGAAUGUGUUUCUCCUUCUUGUUAUAGAGAAAUAUAUCAAUCAGAUCCGCUAGAAGAAGGUGAAAUAGAUGUACGGCUAAAUUCUUUCAAAGGUUGUUUUAUUCAAAGAAGUGGUCGAACAAGAAAC